AUGGAGACUGGUACUUCCCUUAUGGAUGUAUGGAUACAGCGCAAGCUCGAUACGCUGCUGUUUGGGUGGACGUACGAGUGCUCGGUCAGGGCAUUUCACGGCGAAGACAUGAUGGAGCUUUUUCUCUGGGGUCAGAGGUACUUCCAUCCGGGCGGGCCAGUGUGUUUGACCGCGGAGCAGUUUUUCGAGUUUCACCCAAGCCCAUCGGCGCCCGAGAGCGCCUACGCGCCACAUCUCCGAAUAGACGAAUCCGAGUCGAUUGCGUAUCUGCUUCACAACGCUAGAGAGGACGAACACGAAGUAGACUUGAACGCAGACUUGAGCGCCCCAAUGGACGUCGAUGUCGCCAUGGUGACUAUCUACAUCCACGCAACAAGAGGAGAUGUGCUUGCGUCGCAGCUUUUUGGCCGUAUUGCGGAUGAGCCGUCGCAGCUGGUCGACUAUAACGACGCGGCCACCAUAUCUAAGUUUCGCACGCUGUUUAACAAGAACCCAAACAACCAAAAACGAGUAGCCCUAGCAGAAAAGUUUGAUGCCAUUCAAGCACCCGAGUUUCCAGCGCAGGUGGCGAGGUGGCUUGUCAAGGUGGCCUGGAAGCUCUUAGCAAUCAAGUGGCUGCACGAGAAGCAGCAUAAUCCCCAGAGCAGCAUUUACAGCGAUCCGAUGCAGGUUAUUGACGAGCCUGGGCUAUGGCAUGAUUACUUGUGGAUGAGACGCGGUCAAGGAGGAAUGAAUUCCUUCAAGGUUAAUCACCCUUGGGUUGUUGAAGAGACACAGAGGCUGCCCAAGUUGAGGCCUAAGAUUUGGUUCACAUAUUGCACAAAAGACUGCAAAGUAAAAAAUAGAGCCCCAAAAAGGCUUAGAACAUAA